UCCAAUUAUUUUAACGUAAUUUGAUGAAUUAAUCCAAAAUGGCUCCUCUCACGGAUUUACUUUCCUGUAGUAUAAUCGAAAAGGAUUCUAACGGCGAUGUAUUGUGGACAUGGUCUUAUCCAGUCAUUUUAGAAUCACAAAAAGCAGUUGUUGGUAGAAAAUGUAACUUAGAAUCGGAGCACAACUCUUCGCAAGUAUUUAUAUUUUCAAGGCAUAAGCACCAUUGGUUUUAUAUACAUUGCAGCGAAGUAUUUGAUUCGGAUAAAUUACCAAAAGUGAAACAGUUUGCUUUGGUUUUAUUUGCAAAAGAUUUUAAUCCACGAAAAUAUGAAGUUCUUUCCAGAGUACUUAGCAAAAUGUAUUGCAAAACUGGAAAACCAACAGAGAUCCUUCAAUUGUACCUUUCUGUGUUCACGAAAGGAUCUUGUUCAACCCAAGAAAAUGGAACAUUUGUUUCAGAUGACUUCAAUAGCCAUCGUUUUACAGUGAAUACCAACAUAAGAGAAUUAGUUAAAGCUUUUGAAUUGGAAACUAUAUUAAUAUAUACAGCUUUACUUCUGAAAAAGAGAAUAGUAGUUUAUCAUCACAGUUUAGAGGAACUUUUGAAAUGGAUUGGACUGUUUCCUGCAUUGAUGAAACAUCGUAAAGUUAGUGAUAAUUUAUUUCCCUGGGUUGAUUUGGUGGAUGAUGAACUGGCAGAAUUAAAGAGACAUUCCCAUUAUGUUGCUGGCUGUAGAAAUAGCUCAAUAUCAUCAAGAACAGACUUAUUUGACCUACUUGUAAACAUUCCAGCUAGAGAAAUUACUGUUGCCUCGCAUGCAAAAGAGAGUCUUACAAUGACAAAAACACAUAAAGAAAUAGCUCUCUUCAUGGUUCAGUUGUCUGAAAAUCAGACUUAUACAGAAGCCCAAAUAAUAUCUGAGAUUAAUGACAAAACUCAGGACCUACUGAAUCAACUAACAUCUUUAGCUGUAGUUCAAGGACCUGAUGGAAGAAAGAUGGUUUCUGCGCAAACGUUAAAGGAAAAAAAUUUACCAUUUGCUGUAGAAAACUUCCUAAUUAAUUUGGCUGUUGCAGAAAAUUUAUUUCUAGUAUAA